AUGGGAUAUUAUACAUUAGGUAUUAAUCCUGACAUUUUUGGUGUUUUUGGAUUUGAAAUUGAAUUGAAUACCAAAUUUGCUGAAUUUGGGUCAGCACAAAAUGUCAAUUUGUUGGUUACGAACAUGAUAUUUACAAAGGGAAUUGGUACUCCAAAAUAUAAGUCGCCAGAAGUGCUUAAUAUAGAAUUAAACAAGAAAAUGUUUUUAAUUGGGGUGUAUUUACAAGCCAAGUAUUUAAAUAUUUUUAACUUAGUUGCAGACUUUAUAUCUUCCGGAGGUCGUUCAUUACAAUGUGAAGAUAUUAAAAAUGAAGAAUGUGAUAUCAUCAAAAAUAUUGGGGCAAAUUCCAAGUGA